AUGGAGACGGAUCAGGCUCACGUUGGAGGCGGCGUGGGUGCAGGCGCGCCUUCUCAUCAACUCGCUUCUGAACAGCAACACACUCAACAGCAACAACAACAACAACAGACACCCGCUCCUCUUCCUCAACCAUCUUCAUUCCUCAAUCAACGUAUACUUGACACUCCUACUUCUCCAUCAAAACAGUCUAUUGCGCGUCAACAGGAUCCCCCAGUCGCCCCUCUCCCUCCUACCACCGCCACUCCUCGUCCACCAGAUCCUUCCCCCGUUCCAACAGCAUCAGGCGCACCGAUGAUGGGCCCUCCUCUCCCUCCCUUGGGGGGGUCAAUCCAUCCUCCCCCUCCGCCAUCUCAGCCUCAGCUCCAGCAACUGCCACCUCAACCACCCCUUCCCCCGCCGGUAUGGAGCCAUACACCGGGAUUGGGUCCUCCGCCUUUGCCACCACUCGGGAAUUCACUUCAUCAGCCGCUGCCUCCUCCUGUGGACCGCGAGCGCGAGAGGGAGCGGGAACGUGAACGCGAACGCGAAAGAGACAGGGAGAGGGACAGAGAAAGAGAGAGAGACAGGGACCGGGACCGCAUGCAGUUGGACGGACCCCCGAGGAGAGACGAACCGCCGCCCCAACUCCCCGGUAUCUCAUCCUUCGGCGCAGGACCUCUCACUCCCCAACCUCUCGGACCUCCUCCCCCGCAUCAUCAACUGCAUCACCCCCUCCCUCCUCCGAGCCAUUUUGGCCCGCCUGGUCCCCCAGGCCCUCCUAGCCAAAUGCACUUGGAGGACAUCUCCGGACUCCCGCAGCCUCAGAACGAGCAGGAGCAGGAAGGAAGAAGCCUCAACGUCAAGGAUGCGUUGACCUAUCUCGAUCAGGUCAAGAACGAGUUUACAGACCGGGCAGACGUGUACAACUUAUUCCUGGAUAUUAUGAAGGAUUUCAAGAGCCAGUCGAUCGACACUCCCCGCGUUAUUGAGCGUGUGUCCCAGCUGUUUGCAGGGCAUAAUCAGCUCAUUCAGGGGUUUAACACUUUCCUCCCUCCGGGGUAUAGGAUCGAGACGAUGGUGGAUCCAUCCGAUCCGGACAAGAUCCUCGUCACGACCCCAUCGGGGACGUCGGCGCAGCAUAUUCCACAUAAUAAUUCGCGUCUUCCUCCUGCCGGGGGUGCUUAUGGACCUCCUGUGCCUCCUCCAAGCGGGCUACUUCCUCCUCCAGGACAGGGGUACACGGGCGUUCUCCCCCCGCUCGCACCUCCCCAGCCACAGGGAGGCCACUACGCCCCUCCUCAGCUGGGCCAGUUCCCUUCCCCUCAACCGAUGCUCCCUCCCACAGGGUCGGUGCACCACCCACACACCGUGCCUUUAGGGCAUCAUGCUCCCGCACACUUCUCCUCAGCGCCCCACACGCCCGUGCCUCUCCUCCCUCCCGGCUCUAGCUCCGGCCACUAUACCCCCGGCGGGACGGCCAUUGCCCCCGGCGCGGAAGUGCCUAUCAACCAUGCGAUGAACUUUGUAAACGAGAUCAAGAUCCGCUUCUCGCACGAACCAGACAAGUACAAGUCCUUCCUCGACAUACUGCAGACGUACCAGCAACGCGCGCGUCCGAUCGCCGAAGUCUUCCAGCAGGUCAACGAGCUCUUCGAAGGGCAGGAAGACCUCAUCCAGGAAUUUCAAGAGUUCUUGCCUGAUAAAGGCCGGUAUGGGUUCGAGGCGCUCGCUGGGGAGGGAGCGAGCCAGUUGGCGAGUAUCAAUGCCCCUGCGGCUGCGGAUGGGCUGAGGACGGGAGAAGGGAGCUUGGGCACUGUUGCUGGUGCCAGGGAGAGGGAGAGGGAGAGCAGGCGCGAGCGAGAAGAGAGGGAGAAACGCCAGCGGGAGAAAGACCAGAAACAGCAGAGGAAAAAGAGGCCCGCUGCGCCCGAACCGCCUGCUCCUCAGACUUCCCGUUCUGCGCAAGGGAGAAGCCAGCCCGGCCCAGCGAGCAAGAAGGCGAAGACGAGCCAUGGGAAGGCUGAGAGUCCCGCUCCUUCCUUACAGCAGGACAGACGCUCCCACGCGGCACAUCAUCAUCUCAACCACGCACCCCCUGCUGCCCCGGCGGCCGCUCCUGUCCCUGCUCAAGCUGCCCAGCCUGCCCCUGCCCCUAUCCAGCCCGUAAGACAGAACCCGGUCGCGUACUUCGACCGCCUGAAAAAGCAUAUCAACAACAACGCCGUCUAUGCCGAGCUCCUAAAGCUACUCAACCUCUACACGCAGAGGAUGUUCGACAUGCGCGUGCUCGUCCAGCGCGCCCGACCGUUCUUCCACGACCCGGGCAGCCUGCAGUUCUGGACGGAUUUCCUCGAGGUCUUGGAGUUGAGCGAGAGGGACGCAGAGGGGUUUCUCAGCGGGAGGGCGAAUGCUGCUCCUGACGCGGAGAUCGUAGGCCGGGACGGGGAGAAACUGAUCCAUCCGCUCGAGAGGCCGAGGCUGAAUAUCGAUCAGCUGAAACCGCAUGGACCGAGUUAUCGCAAGCUGCCCAAGAGCGAGAUCAACUUGGAGUGCAGUGGGCGGGACGCGCUCUGCUGGGAAGUACUGAACGAUCAGUGGAUUUCGCACCCUACUUGGGCGUCGGAGGAAGCUGGGUUCAGCGCGCACAAGAAGAACUCGUUCGAGGAGGCCAUGCAUCGGUCUGAAGAAGAGAGGCACGAAUUCGACUUCCAUGUCGAGGCUAAUAUCCGGACUAUCUCGAUGCUUGAACCUAUCAACCAGCGGAUCCUGACGAUGGACCAGGAUGAGAAGUCCAAAUUGCGCUUGCCGCCGGGCUUGGGAGGACAGAGUAAAGGCAUCUAUGCGCGGAUUAUCAAGAAAGUCUAUCCGGACACACAUGCAGAGGUCAUGCAAGCUCUUCAGGAGAGUCCGGCCAUCGCCGUCCCCGUCGUGCUUGCUAGGCUGAAGCAGAAAGAUGAAGAAUGGCGCAAGGCGCAGCGCGAGUGGAACAAGGUGUGGCGCGAGGUGGAGGCUAGGAACUUUUAUAAGAGCUUGGACCAUAUGAGCGCAACGUUUAAGGCUGAGGACAAGAAACGCUUUAACCCUAAGCGAGUGCAGGAGGAGAUCGAGGUUAUCAAGGCUGAGCAGGAGGCGAAGAUGGCCCGGGAUUCUCUUGGGGAGGGGGCUGCGCCUGUCUCGACGGGGAAUGGGAAUGGCAGCGCCAACGGGAAUGGGAACGGGAAUGGGAACGGGAUCGUAUUGGGCGUGCCUGGUAAAUGGCAGUUCGAGCAUACGAUGGACGACCCUUCGAUCUUACGGGACGUCGCCCACCUCGUAUUCUCGUUCAUGGACCGCGGUUCGGGCAGCUUGUCGUACAGCGAGCGUACGCGUGCUGAGCGGCUGUUGCGUACCUGGCUGCCCAAGGUCUACGGGCUGGACGCGGAGGAGUUCUGGAAGGGAUACCCUGCGCUGCCGGAGGAGAGCGAGGAUGAGGAGGAGCAGGAAGCGGAGGAUGGCACUCCUGCUAAUUUAGCGCCUUCUCAUGCUACUCGGGCGAACGGCCAUGUCAGGCGAUCUCAUCACGCUGGUGCGUCUGGGAGUAGGAAGAAGAAGGCCAGCAGGGCUGCGAGGGCACAUCAAGCCCAGACACGAGAGGGCACUGUCAUGAGCGAACAGCUUGAUAUUGCUGGUACCUCUACUCCCGAGCCUGGCCCGAGCGUGGAUGGGGAUGUCGAGAUGGCGCCUGUACCUGAGCCUGCAUUGCCUGUUCCCACCCCUGUUGCUCGGCCAGGGCCGGCGGUAAUCACACCACCUCCGGAACCACGGAGCCUCGCUGAUGCUACCAAGCCGUGGAUCGAUAUCGUCCAUCGGGAGGAUGGAUAUGAAGCGAUGGAUCGGCAGCUCAGCAGUGGUGACCAACCCGAGGAGAUGAGCUCGAUGAGGGACGAACCUGUCCCAGCUCGCCAGGCUGGGAAUAGGCCUGUGGAGCUGGAUGGUGUCAUGCAUGAGGAUGUGGAUAUGGAUGCGGAGAACAAGCCGGCUGUGAAUGGUGCACCUGCUCGCGGGGAGCAAAAUAUCGUACCGCUCAAGGUGCCCGAUCAUGCUAGAACACCGUAUUCCAAGAGAGUGUUCUUUGCGAACACCACAUAUUACGUGUUGUAUCGAUUUGUCGAGAUCAUGUACGAUCGACUUCACGGGCUUAAGUAUUACGACUCUCCUAUCUGGAACGAGAGGCCGAACCCGCUGGCGAUGGAGCUCGGUCUGCUGGAGGACACGAAGAACAUCGAUUCUGCGCCUAGCGACAAGACGACCGUAUCUGCCGAGGCGUUGUACAAGCAUUUGCUGAACCAGCUGGAGCUUUUCUUAGAGGGCAAGCUGGAGGAGAACAACCUUGUGGAUAUCGCCCGGAACCUGUACGGCACCGCUGCUUAUGUUGUCGUUUCCUUCCAUUCUGCAUUGUCCCACAUCUCACGGCUGGCUAAGAAUGCGGCCGAAGAGGACGCGUCUAAGGACCUGUUAGUCCUGUUCAACGCGGACGAAGCGCGUCAGGCUGCGAUCAAAGAGCCUUCCUUACCGGGCAGCGAAGGGAUGCGUGCGGAUCUGCGCGCGCAGAUCGUCUACCGGCGAGAGGCGGAGAAGAAGAUCGCCGAGGACAAACAGCUGUAUCGGCUAGAGUGGGAAGCGGGUUCGGGGACGAAGGAUUCGAUGCGGGUCGCCCUUUUGAGAAAAGAGGACCCGAGCGGGGAAGAGCCUGACGGGGUGAGGGAGAAAUGGAGAGUGUACAUUGACAGCUAUUCUAUUAACGCCCCGACCGAGAACCUGCCCAAGUCCAAGCCAGCUCUGUCCUUCCUGCCCAAGCUCCUCCCCCCGCACGCGGAGGAGAUCCGCCGACUGCCAGGGGUCGAGUAUUCUUCAGCGCUGCAGAUCCGGGUCUGUGUACGCACGUACAAGCUCUUCUUCGUCGCCGGAUCAGAGGAGUGGAUCGUGCUCCGCCGAACGGCUGGGGAAGUCCACAAGCUGGAGAAGAGGAGAGAGGAGAGGAGGGAGAGAGGGAGGGAGAGGAUGAAUACUUGGGUUGAGGGGACGUUGAGACGUACCCGGGGGUGAGCAGUGGAUGGACUAUAACUAGUAACUAGGUUCCUUUUUUCUCUUUUGCUUAUGUGAGUAUCAUAUCCUUACGUACGAACAUCACUGUAUCAUCCGAAUAUCGACCGCUUGU